AAUGUAGUUUAAUAGUUAUGUUUAUUCUAUUUGGUCCUUCAGGAGAAAAAAAGUGAAACCUUUUUUUAAAAAGAGUAACAAGCUGAAAACAACUACUUCAAAGCCCUAAAACAAAACGGAAUACUUCCUUGGAAAUAAAAGUCUUACAAAAUGGACGAUUUUGAGGCUUCAUUGCCGUCAAAGCUGAAGCCAGCGUUGGACGAAGUCGAAGAGUUUGAGCGUAACUGGGCAGACAAUCGUCAAAUCACUGAGUGGGACGGACAUACUUUCACCCCAAACUUUUUUGCUGAUACAGCAAAAUAUGCUUAUGAGAAAUGGUCGCCUCGUGAAGGGGAUGUAUUUAUUAUGUCUUUUCCAAAAACAGGUACGCAUUGGAUUACAGAGAUCGUUAAGCAAAUCAUAUACAGACGUGAUCCACACAGGCUAAAGAUUGGUAGAAGAUGGCAUGCAGAAUUGGCAAUCAUUGAGUUCGGUCCAGCAUCAAAGUUUCAAAUCAUCGAUCACCUCCCCGUCCCUCGUCGAAUCUUCUCCUGUCAUCUACCGGCCCAUCUUAUAAAUCUCGAGAAAAUAAGAAAAUGUAAAGCAAAGAUUAUUUAUAUCUACCGAAACCCUAAAGAUCAAACAGUAUCCUGGUAUCAUUUCUCAAGAAAAGUUCCGCACGCGAAAUCUCAGCAGUUCAAAGAUUUGUAUCCUGAUAACUGGGAGCAAUUCAUCGAUAACUAUUUCAGCGGUAAAAUGCCGACAGAGCUCCGUCAAGGUGAAUGGUAUCCUGAUCAUAUAAAAAGCUGGUGUAAACACAAAGACGAUGAAAAUGUAAUGUUUGUCUCAUAUGAAGAUUUGUCUAAGGAUAUUUUAUCCGAAGUUCGCAAAGUUGCGCGAUAUCUCGGCGAGGAACUGACAGACGAAGAGAUUCUUUCAAUCUGUGAGAAAUCUUCGUUCGAAUAUAUGAAGAAGUCAUCCACGGGAACUCCACUGCAAGAUAUUUAUGAGCUGUUUAGAAAAGGUAAAGUCGGGAACUGGAAAGACUAUUUUACGUCCGAGCAGUCCGAAAAAGUCGACCGAAUAAUAAAAGAAAAACUAUCUGGCACUGAUGUUGAAUUUACGUACGAGCUAUGAGAAAACCACUGAACAAGAUAUCAGGAGUUCGAAUCCCACUGGUGCAGAUAGAUGCCUAUUAUCUGGUUAUUGCUACCUCAUUGUAUAUUUCAACAGAUUUCGGCGCAACAUUGCCUAGCUGUUGUACUUCACAGAUAUUAUAAAAGGCUUCUUCUGUACUUUUGAAAUUCUUUUUUCGCAAGAAAAUUUGCAUUUGCUCAAAGCCAGGACAUGUGCACUCACUCAGAAAUAUACGAGAUUGAUUUCUGAGCACAGUUACAGAAGGCAAGUACUGCUAAGCCUGUAUAGGUAUAACGUGUAUAAUUGUGCGUCGGCAAAUACUAGGAUAGGAUAAGAUUUACAUAUUUAUCCCACGGGAGAGGAAAGCCGAUAGGAUGUGAUUUACAUAUGAUAAGACGGCUUAAUCAUUUUCAUGACCGGUUAUCAGUCAUUGUCGGGUAUGGAAUUAGUUAACGAUAGCCAGUGAUUGUUUUCGGAACCAUGGACUUGAUGGUGAGGAAGCCGUAACUUACGAGUGGUUACGUUAACUAACCUACAGCAACGAGGAGUCCAGCAAUCCUCUCACACAUAACUAUUUCCGCAUAGGAUUUUAACCCAUGAACCAAUGCAGAGGUGCGGUUGCGAGCGUAUUCCUGAUGCUUAGCACCGCCGAGGACGUCCCUUCAAAAUAUGUCCUAAACCCCUUGACUGGCUGGGAACUCUUAAACGUAAGGACAGAUGUUUUUUUUUUCGACAAUUUCAGUUAUGUGGACUUUUUGUGACUCUGUUUUUUAUUUGCCCACAUUGACUUUAACGACAGGCUGUUUUAUUUCACAGUUAUUAUAUCGGCCUCCUUUUGAACUUUUUAAAAAAUUUUCCUCCAAGAGGAAUUUUUGGUCGUCUUUCUCGAUUGGUUGUGAGUUACCAUCCGUUUAUUGUCGGUGUACGUUUUAUAUAAUAUGACAAUAUUAUUAUUCAGUUAUGUUAAAUUCACCACUUUUCAGCUUUUUUUUUCUGGACAUUUUGACUUUAUAUCUCGCGUUAAGAAUAUGACUGAUUACUAUCCGUUUAUUUCACACAUUCUAAACCAGGCAAAGAGAUUUUUAUGACAAGGUUUCUUAUCAUAGUGAUAUGGAAUCCGCUUAGCUCUAUUUUUAAACAUUGCUCCAAAGUCCCGUGUCAACAGUAGGAUUUAACCAGUACCAAUUUGCAUGAACUCUGGCAGUGGGAAACCCGCAUUGUUGUGCGCAUUGUUAUAUAUAUAUAUAUGAUAGCAGUCGUUUCCCUGAUAUAAAUGUGCUGACCGUCGACUGAAAAAUAGGUAUGUAAGUAAAAAAUGAUGGAUCGAGGAACAACCCCGGCUACUAUUUAGUAAAAAAUUUCGACUCCCAUUCCAAAUACGAAUAGCGAAAAUACCAAAUUUAGAUAAAAAACUUAAUAGCGUAUACGUAUAAAAUGCUUUUUACGAUUCCGUCAGAAAUGUUGACUUUAAUUGUCGCUAUAAGAUACCCGAGUCCAGCAUAAUUCUCUUACGCAGUUCACAGUAGACUAGCCGGCUUCUCUCGUAUAGUGCAAAGCAGUUGUUAUCAAACGAUGGGACGCGCCAAACAAGGGGGGCGUAGACCAUUUUUUGAGAGACGUGAAGCUACUCCAAAAUAAAAAUAUAAGUUAGAUUUGAUCUUGUCCGCUUUAUUUUGGAUAUUUACAUUUCUUCAUUGUUUGGAGAUUUCAAAGAGCUGGUGUGGUUAUUGUUUUUUUUAUUAUCUGUUGUAUUACUUUCACCUUACUAUCUCUUAUUUGUAGCUUAUUGUUAGCUAGUUUUUUUUUUGAGGUGGGGCGCAAGUCUUGACAAAUUCUGUAAAGGGGGGCGCGGCUUUGAAAGUUUGAGAACCACUGGGUUGUUCGAUAUCAUUCGUGUUUCUUACAUAUAUCACACCACGCCAGCUUACUCUCGUCUCUUGGUUGAGUAAAAAGUUCUGACUAUGAGUUCAGAUUCGAUCACAAUAAGCCAACCGCCGAGCCGCCUAGUUUAACUAAUAUAUCCGUUUAAUUAUAUCUGUUAUUUGUUUUCAUUUAUUUUGGUUCUCCCGUAGUAUGUAUACCAGGUUAGGGCAUAAUUUUAUUCCGAUUUGCCUUAUUUUACUUCUAUUACGAGUUCUGAUGUCUGUGUUAGCCAAGUGAAUAUACCCCCUGUCCAUAGUAAUCAGUCCCUUCCCUUUACACAACUUAGUCAAGUUCAUUUUUUCCAACUUGAUGUGAGGUGGGUGAACAUAAUUAGUUACCUCCAUAUCGGUACACACAAUUCUGGAGCGCCUUUAUUAUAGCCCGAUUUAUAAACAAUUUUUUGCUAAUAUAUUAAUCUUUAGGAUUUUGCUUCGAAUUUAUUAAUUAUUUGACGCGAUGGGCAUUGUUAUUGAUAUGGUCCAAGCACACGGCAUAUCAAAAUUACAAUUAUUUUAAAAGUGCCUCAAGUUUCAUUAGUCGUUUUCUGCCCAUUUUUAAUUAUUUCCUUGUUAAAUAUAUUUUAUUGAAUCUUUCUCCAAUAAUGUUCCCGCCUUUUUUUUUAACAAUUGUUACGUUUCAAUGCACUAUUAUUAUUAAACAAUACCGUUUGAAUUAUGUUCAAUUACCGAACUGUUUAUAUCUCGUCAAACUUUGCAAUGAUUCCCAGCGAGUUCGCUCGCAGUAAUAAUAACGUAAAUAAUAACGUUACACCCAAUAAAAAAAAAUUACCUAACUUCCAGUCUGGUUUCAUCAGUAAAUAAAGAAAGAGUUACAUCACAAAACAUGACGUCAUAAUAUGCCCUAGUAUGGGGAAUUCGAGAUGCAUUGCAGGUCUCAAUAGGGUUGACCACUACUAAAAAGAAAAGUGACGUCACAAUAUAUGACGCCAUACUAAUUGUAAGCCUGAUAACAACUACUUAAUUCAUUUUUCUGUAGUUUGUAAAUCACAAGCAAAUUUCUCCCAAUAAAACUCUCGGGACCUCAUUGGAAACCCUGUGCUCGAUAGAACUCAAUUGGGAAUCAAAAUACUGCACACGCUAUAUACCGUGUGAACCUUCUUUCGCUUCUGAAAAUAAAGUUUUAACUUUUAAUUGAAUAAACCUGAAUGCUUUGUA